AUGCGGUCAAAUUUGUCUCGCUGUGAUUCUUUCUUCAUUCUAACCAACAACAAAACGCUUUCAAUCGUCCUGACGACGGAUCAAAAUGCUUGCUUUUCAAAUCCUCUCUUGAGGGCCGGCUUACCUGUGCACUCGAUCAUCCCUCUAAUCUCUUCCCCACGUCCCUCCCUUUCAGAACCUCCUGGAUCUUCUCGGCCAGCUUCCACGCCAUUUUUAUCUCCUCGUUCGCCGUCUAUCUGGCCUGCUGUGAGCUCAUCUCCAGCUGGAUGGAUGCUUCAGAGGAACGGUUGGAUCCGGCCGCCAAAUUUGGCCACGAUUACUCCCUCCUUGCCUAGUUCUGACCACCUCGAAACUCAAAAUCAUGUCAUUUUUCUCUUCCUUCUUCUCUUCUUCCUUUUCUUCGCUGCCUGCUUCUUUGCGAGCGGAACCAGCACCAGUUCUUUGCCAGGCUUGUGGCGAUGGACAAAUUGUCUGUAG